UUCAGGUCACUCAUGGAUGUCAUCAGGUCUGCGUCAUUUGGAUGGGUUUUCCUUUCAAGUACUUCGUUUUCAAUCUGUAAUUAUCACUGUUAUUAUUGCAGUUCAAGUCUGUUUAUUUCUGGAUCGUUGAGGGCUAUCGAGAGUACAGUACAGUAAGUUACGCCUGAAGGAAUCAUUAUGCCAGAAAAGGAAGAAACCGCAAGAAGGAAGAAGGAAUCAAUCGUUGACUUAUCGCGAUUCAUCGAUAAGAAAGUGCGCGUCAAAUUUCAAGGAGGUCGAGAAGCAUCCGGAAUACUGAAAGGUUAUGAUGCUUUAAUCAAUUUGGUACUGGACAAUGCUGUGGAAUACGUGCGCGACACGGAAGACCCACAGAAAGUGACAGAGGAAACGAGACAGUUAGGUUUGAUUGUUGCUCGAGGAACUGCAAUAACAGUUGUUGCACCAAACGAUGGCAUUGAGCAAAUCGCCAAUCCUUUCGUAUGACGAUCACUUAAUAUGAGCAAUCUUGGUUGUGUUUUAGAAGCUUGUUUUUGAACUUAAGCAGUCAACCUAAAUUGAAGUUAUUCUUCCCUAAUUUCGUGAAUAUUAUUUACUUUUUCGAUUCGCUGAAUCUUCCAUUUUUUGAAUGGAAACUUCUUUAAUUAGUAGGUCAGUAGCAAUUUUGCUUUCCUAAACUAAUUCGGCAUAACUUUAUGAUCACUUUGCUUUCUCUCAACUAAUUUAGCAUAACUUUUGGUCAUUUUGGCUUUCUCCCUUUUUCUUCCCCUCACAUAUUCAUUGGAAAAG